AUGUCAUGUCACAACCUUGUUCCUCCAUCGUAGCAUUUCUACAACAAUAUUCCCCCACGUCUGAAACAGCGGUCCGUGAAAACUUUCCAUGACGUCCUACCGUGAACGUAAACGUGAUCGGCUAAACGACUCGAGCCUCUAGAAAGAAGAAGUGUUGCUUUGAUCUGCCUCAAACAGGAAGUGAGUCAAAGCAGAGGUUCUCCAAUCCCAGGUAAUGAAGAAGUGUGGAGAAUUAAAGACCAGAAAUCAGUUGUCUACUUCCAUCAGACGCACAGUAAGUAAGAGGAACUUUAAUGGAAUAGAAAAAGCAUUUAAAUUUAUUUUGGGUUUAUAUGGGUUUCUUUUGUCUUUUCUGUGAAGUUUUUAUGGUGAGUUUCUUCAUCAGGGCAUUGUGACUAAAUAUUUUUGAAGAUGGGAUUGGAAAAGGUCCUAAAUAAGUCCAGAAGUGAGUCAAAAUAUUCUUUGGCUAGCUUUUUGCUCCUGUUGGCGUGCAUGGUCAUUCCUGUGGGAGGAUUCGCGCUCAAGAACUGCCAUGUCAGCAGGAACACAGCUUUAUGUCACAAUGAAAAACUCAAUGCUGUUCCCCAAGACGUUCCCAAAACGGUCACCAGUUUGGAUUUAUCUGGAAACAAACUUUCAAGGAUCAGACGCGCAGAUUUUUCCCACGUUCCUCAUCUGAUCCAGCUGGACCUCAACAGGAACUACAUUCUACAAGUGGACAGGUUUUCUUUUUCUAACUUAACCUCCCUCCAGAAGUUAAACUUAAACCACAAUAAGCUUGAUAAGCUGGACUCAAACGUCUUUCAUGGACUGUGGAGCCUGACAGAACUGAGAAUUGCUCAUAAUAAGAUAAAAGUUGUGUCUUCCACCUCCUUUCAGUCGUUGUCAAGCUUAAGGUUUUUGGAUAUUUCCUACAACAAGCUGCAAAAUCUUACAAACGCAAAUAUGAUCCUGGAGCAGCUGCCACAGCUGCAGGAGCUCGUCAUCAAACAGAAUAAUUUGACACACUUUUAUUCGUGGGAGCUGACCAACACAUCUGUCCAACUUCAUGCUGUUGAUUUGAGUUUAAACCCCUUUCAGGACUUUAGGAUUACCGCAGAUGUUUUCCCAAAUCUAUUGCGUUUCAGCAUCGGAUUGAAUAAGAGAAAACCGUUAAAGUGGGAUGUGAAAAAGACAUUUAUGCGGCGAGUUUCCUCUCUGGACAUCAGCCAGCUUCACCUGACUCUCAGUGACAUGAGAUCAUUGUUCCAAGCUGUGAACCAGACGCUGACCUUACUGAGGAUGAAUGCCAUGAAACAGAACCCAAACAAGCUCAUCAACCUGUCAUGCUCCAUCCCAAGCAUGUCUACUCUGCAGUUCAGACGAAACAAGCUGAGACGCAUUGAAGCCCGACUUUUGGAGCUGUGCACCAAUGUGACCGAGCUGGAUUUGGCAGACAAUGACAUUCAGGCCAUUUCUGAGGACGCCUUCAAGUGCCUUCCACAUCUGAAGACUUUGACUUUGAGUGGGAACAAGCUUCCUUUUGUUCCAUCUGCCACCCGGAAUCUUCCAGGACUUUACAAGCUGGAUCUGAAAAGCAACAGCAUCAACAGGCUCCAAUGUCAAGAUUUCGCCAAUCAGACAGAGCUCAGAAUCCUCUACCUCCAAAACAACUCCAUCUCGAAUCUGAAAGAUUGCGUUUUUGAGGAUUUGGUGCGACUGGAAAUCCUGAAACUACAGAGCAAUAAAAUAAUCAAGUUAAACAAUGCUUUCAAAAGACACCUGCCAAAUCUGAGAUUCCUUUAUUUGAGUAACAAUCAGCUUGCUAUGAUUGAAAAAGAGGAGUUCAAAGGUUUGCGUUCCCUUCAGAACCUAUCCUUACACCAAAAUAAUUUAGGGGACUUGAAUGAAAUGAGUUUUUAUGGAUUAAAAAAUCUUAUCCACAUGCAGCUAAAGGCCAACAACAUUCAAAAAAACGAUCUGGACUCUGGGGCUUUUAAUGCUCUAGUCAGUCUAAAACUAUUGGAUUUAAGCAACAACCAUGUCCAAUACAAGAGUGAACAUCCGUGUAAAGCACCUUUCUCCCACCUGUCCCACUUGGAGGAUUUCAUUUUCUCUGCUCAGCGCUUCCGACUUAAGUCUCACCUGCCUGUCAACUUCCUGCAGGGUUUGACAAACCUCCUGCACUUUGACACCAGGAGCACUCAGCUGGUGUCCCUGCACAAAGACACAUUUAACCAUACGCCCAAGAUGGAAAAUCUUCUGAUCAGCUCAAACGACCUAAAAGCCCUCUCACCAGAACUGUUUACUCCAAUUCCAAACCUAAAGAGUCUCUACAUAUCAAGGACACAGCUGUCUUCUCUGGAUUUCUUCAUAGAUGCCAACCUGAAGAAGCUGGAAUUCCUGCAGGCGAGAGGAAAUCAGUACUCUGACAUCACAGAAGAGGUCAUAUUGUCUCUGCCCGCUCUGAGUUAUGUGGAUCUUCAGGGUAACACCUUCACCUGUGACUGUAACAAUGCUCAGUUCCUCCGCUGGAUCAAAACCAGCAAUCAGACUCAGUUCUAUGAUGCUUAUAACUUUUUGUGCAGAAAUCCUCCAAGCUUUAAAGAUAAGAAGCUGCUCAACUUUGACCCUUCAUCCUGCAUGGUGGACACUGGUUUCAUCUGCUUCGUGUCCACCACAUGUUCUAUUGUCGGUCUCAUGUUGGCCUCCAUAAUGUUCCAUUUCAUGAGAUGGCAGCUGGUCUACUCCUAUUAUCUCUUUUUGGCUUGGCUCUAUGACUCCAGACAUCAGAACAAACGAUCCACAAACCAGUACGAUGCUUUUAUCUCCUACAACAACCACGAUGAGCCCUGGGUGAUGGACGAACUUCUGCCAAAACUUGAGGGAGAGCAGGGAUGGAGGCUGUGCUUGCACCAUCGCGACUUUGAACCAGGCAGACCGAUAUUAGACAACAUCACUGAUGCCAUUUAUGGAAGCAGGAAGACCAUCUGCGUCAUCAGCCGCAGAUACCUGGAGAGUGAAUGGUGCUCCAGAGAGGUUCAGGCAGCCAGCUUUCGUCUCUUUGAUGACCAAAAAGACGUUCUGAUCUUAAUCUUCCUGGAGGAAAUUCCACUGAAUCAGCUUUCUCCGUACCAUCGCAUGAGGAGGCUGCUGAAGAGGCAAACCUACCUGAGCUGGGCGCGAGCCCAAAACCCACAGGUGUUCUGGGAGAAACUGAGGCGUGCCCUGCAAAGCGGAGAUGACCUGGAUGAAGGCCGGUUCUGCCCAGGCUUGUUACAGACUCCCUGAUGGAGGUGGAGGUUUGGAACCAUCAUUACAUGGUUGAAUGUAUUUUGGAUGUUUUCUUGUUAAAGAGGUUACAUAAUGUAGUGGCGGUCACGUGCACGUUGGGUCUGCUGGCAGCACGGGAUUGUGGGAUGAGAUCUCCUGGUCAAAAUAGGGCUGAGCAUGGGAGUUUCUUUUUGCCCACGUUUCUUUUCAUAUGAGAGUUUUGUUGUUCCACCCUUAGUUAAUUCUUCCUGUUAUGUUUGUUUCUUUUUGUUGCACCAUCAAUGUGGGAAGGGGAGAGGGUGAUGUCCCAUGUGCGAUGCUCAAUGUUGUAGGUGUUUAAGAUAAAUUAGCUUAAUGCCGGAAAAGAGGGAUCACAUUCAGCUUCUCUUUCUGCCUCCUGCUCUCUGAGACUGUUCAGAGUUGUGCGGUGUAUGGGACACGGACAGCUCUCCAGCACAGCCAGUUGAUUGACAGCUCAGCUCUUGUUUUCACCUCUCUUUUAACCAACGUGUGUAUGUGUGUGUAUUUGUACCUGUGUGUGUGUGUCUGUACGUGUGUGUGUGUGUGUACGUGUGUGUCUGUAUGUGU